AUGCCCUUUGUCAAAGUCGUCAAGAACAAGGCUUACUUUAAGCGCUACCAAACCAAGUAUCGUCGUCGUCGUGAGGGAAAGACUGACUACUAUGCUCGUAAGCGCCUUGUAACUCAGGCAAAGAACAAGUACAACUCUCCCAAACACCGUCUUGUUGUCCGUAUUACUGGAAAGGACAUUGUCUGCCAGAUCGUCUACUCUAAGAUCCAAGGAGACGUUGUCAUGGCUGCAGCUUACUCCCAUGAGCUCCCCAAAUACGGCAUUAAGCACGGUCUUACCAACUGGGCUGCUGCUUAUGCUACCGGUCUGCUUAUUGCUCGCCGUGUUCUUACCAAACUUAACCUUGAUUCCAAGUAUGAGGGUUGUGUCGAGCCUGAUGGAGAAUACUACAAAAUUGAGCCUAUGGAGGAUGGUCCCCGUCCUUUCCGUGCUUUCCUUGAUAUUGGUCUUCGUCGUACCACCACUGGUUCCCGUAUCUUUGGAGCUCUUAAGGGUGCUGUUGACGGUGGCCUUGCUAUUCCUUACAGCGAGAAUCGUUUCCCUGCAUACAGCAAGUCUGACAAAAAGUGUGAUACUGAGCUUCUUGCCAGCUACAUUUAUGGUGGACACGUUACCGAGUAUAUGGAGUACCUUAUUGAGGAAGAUGACGAGGCUUACAAACGUCAAUUUGCUACCUAUAUUGCCGAUGGUAUUGAGCCAGCAGAUCUUGAAGACAUCUACAAGGAGGCUCACAACAAGAUUCGUGAGAAUCCUGUUGCUGAAAAGAAGGAGCGUAAGCCUCUUACCGAUGCUGAAAAGGCCAAGCUCAAGUCCUACAAGCCCCAGCCAAUGAAUCUCAAGCAGCGCAAGAAUCGUAUUGCUCAGAAGAAGGCUGCUUUUGCUCGUGCUCAGUCUGCAUAA